AUGGCUGCCUCCACUGUGACAUGUACGCCGGUCAAGAUAAGUAAUUCAUCUCAAGCGUGUUUUGUUUGUAGUACAGUGGGGACACGAACAAAAAAAAUCCACGAAGGUACCGGGAAACAUAACUUGAAGUUGUUGUUGUCGAAAUAUGGCGAAGUAGAGGUGAUUGAGGGUUUGAUUUGUAGGAAUUGUGAACGCCAUUUGUUGACACUAGAUCGUCAGGUGAAUGAAUUUCGAGAGAAAUGCCAAACUUCGAGCAGACUAAAUUCGAAUGUGAAGCGAUGUGCGAGAUCUCCAUUGGUUGCUGAAGGAAAAAGCUUUAAGAAACACUCCAAUUUGUCAAGUUGUAAGAUCACCGAAAUCACUGACAGUGUUGAAAUAAGAUGUGCAGAAGAAUGUCCAACUCCAUCUAGCUCUACCAAACCACCGAAAACUGUCAGACCACGUCAGAUAUUUCCUCCUUUACCACAAGAAACCAACAGUAUUAAAAAAGAUAUUACUCGUGUAGGAAUGGAACAUAAUUAUUUCAAAUUAAGCGAUAAUUCUAGGAUUUCUUCAAGUUGUGGUAUGCCUAAAUUAGAUUCAACGAAGAAAACCAGUCAAGAAUUUGAUGAUAUUUUACUGGAGCUUCGAGACUUGUGUUCAAGCCCUAAACCAAGUCAAUGUGUGCUUACCAAGAGUAAUAUUACUUUAUUAACUGCUGCCAUGAAUACCAAAUCUGCAGAAGCACUUGCUAAUGCUGCAAUGGAUAUCCCAAAUGUAGCUACACAUGUUACUCAUGUGUUAUCAAAAAAGAUAAAUCAUACAGCUUCAAAUAUGGGUAAUCGAAAACAUGGGUUUGUAAGUUACCUAAUGAAGAAGGACUACAACAGUCUUAAGACAUUGUCUUGGAAUGAUGUCAUUUGUGAGGCAGUCACCAAAUUUCCUGAGCUUGUUCUGUUACUGGUGACAUGUAUGUUAGCACCUGAGAAAAGAACAUUACUUGAAAAACUAAGAUCUCUGAUUCCACGACUGGGGAUGAUAUAUGGAGUAAUUAUGCAAGGUAGAAUUCCAGAGUUGAGCAGAGUUCAGCGGGUAAUAGCCAUGCUAUUACAGGAUAAUCUAACAGACCAGAAGGUAUUCGAUAGACUACAGAAAGUGGGUGUUUGCCUUAGUUACACACAAAGUAAGGCCAUCAUGGAUGAAGUUGGCGGUCACUUCAAUUCUGAACUAAUUGAUGCUGUGAGAAAUGGUAGCCGUUUGAGACUAGUGGGUGACAACUGUAAUUACAGAGUCAAUGUCCAUGAUGAACGAACAGAUGCCCACAGUGUUAUGCACCAUGACUUUGCUUCUGCUGCUGUUGUACAGUUAUUGGACUUCAAGGAACUCAAUAACAUUGCACCACAAAUUGACUAUUUAUGUACAAACCAUACAACGUUUCUGACCAACAAUACAGAAUGUCAUGAGAUGAAGAUGGAGUAUGUUGUCCACAUAGCAAGGGUUGCUGUUCGUAUAUUACCCUGUUUUCAGUUUUUGAAGGAUGUAAUACCACAACACCUUACAGGCCGAUUCAGUAAAGAACUUGCAGUUAAGAGUAAAGUAGUGCCAUUGCCGGUCCUAGUAAAUUGCAAUGAACAAGACUAUAAUCACGUAGUCCGAAUAUUGGACUUUUAUGAGGAAACGCUAAAUCAAAUUUACACCAAAGCUGAGAUAUCAUAUGAUGAUAAUGUUACAGUUCAUAUUGGUGGUGACCAACUUACUAGAGAUAGGUUUUCUGGUGCUAAACGUCUGAGGAUUAGGGGAGCAACUGCCAGUGAAAGAUUCGGUCAUUUAAGUCCAAUUACUUUUGAAUUCUUUCACAUGCAGAUGAACUAUCUAGCGUUAUUUUACAAGAUUCUAUAUAAGGAAGACAGUAUCCAAGAAAUGGGUACUAUGAGAGCAGAGCAACAACGUAUAAUGAGAAGAAGUGUAAAGGCUGAUGUGAAGAAUGCCUACGAGGCAGAUGCUGAUUUUGCCAUUUCCUUCACUGAUGCGUAUAUAACUGAAGCACUACUUGAAUUCUUCGGGAUGGAAGAUGUAAAUGACAUCCAAACAAGAAAUGUACCUCCACCAAACCUUGCCUCAGCUGAUGAUCGUCGGGAAUGGAUGUACACAACAUUUAUGAAACUUAUUGACCAAUUUGUUUGGCCAAGGAAGAAUGUAACUAUGCAGGAUGAGACUGUGCUAGAUGAUGGAAAUAUUAUCACUGUAAAACUUGCAAAUGGCAGUAUGUGCACAGUAUUGUUGAAACCAAGAAAACCACAAGUUGUAGCAGAAGAUUAUGUCCAAAAUUAUGGUCACACAGUACUGGAAUUGGGUCUACUGUUCAAAUCGAUGUGUGAUUUGUGUAAGCUUCCUGAUAGGGAUAGGGGCAUACGUAUAUUGAAGAUGGCCAUGAUAAUCUUUAAAGCCAAUAAUAAUCUUUCUAAAUAUGCUCUGGAAAUAAUGCGUUUGUUAGUGCACCAGUUAUGUAUAUUUUCAGAACAACAAGCAAAUGAGGAGUUUUAUGGGUUAUUUGUUAAUACCAAGGGUCAAAUUAAUUCUUUCAUACCAGCAGAUAGGCAGAUGGAGUAUAUUGUGAAACUUGUGAAACAAAAUAUGAAGCACAUGUGCUCCAAUAAAACGGGAACUAACAUAAAAAAAGUUACAAGUGCACUUGCUGGAAUAGCAGAUAUAGCUGAAAACUUUGAUAGGUCAAGUAGAGUAAUUAUCAGGUCUAAGAAACACUCUGCAGUAUCUGCACAAGAUGAUGAACUUGCAAUGAUUGAAGAUCUUAGACGGGUCCGGCCAUUCCAGUGUGAACCAGGAAGAUAUCAUGCAACAUUUGCACAUAUUAGUAAUACCAUACAAAGUAAUCUAGACAGGCAGCAUUUGUAUGCAUGGAUUCAUAGUAACAUUGUUAAGUUUGCUACUGAGAUUGGAAAUUAA